AUGCUCGAGUCAAGCAGUGAGAAUACAAAUUUUGAUUUUAAUGAAAUAUUUCCAAAGUGUAAAUAUGAUUUUAAGGAGGCUAUAAACGCACAUCGUGGUAUAAAUAACAGUUUAGGAUUGAAUCACGUAUGCGAAAAAUUUAGUAAAUUAGUAGGGGGAAACAAUUCUUCGCCAUUUGUGUUACCAUGCUCUGAUCUUGGUCGCUAUUUAUAUCAUAUAAGCCUUAAUACAGAUAGUAAAAAAACAAGUUGUAAAUAUUUCAGUUACAAAUUAGAGGAAGCAAUAAAAUAUAAUAAUCGCAAUUGUAAUGGAGUAAAUAAUUGUUACAAAUAUUUGAUAAAUGCAAAAAAUGAGAAAUUAAAAAACGUACUUCCUAUGUGUGAGGGAAGUACUAUAGACAUUGAUAAUGAAACAUAUACAAUAUUCAAUUAUUUGGAUAAAUUAUAUGAUGCUAUUUAUACGAUAGAAAGCACUCGUGGGAGGAGUUGUUGGCAGAGAGAAAAAGAUAUUUAUAGGCCUUAUAUAUCACAUUUGAAUUCAUGCAAAUAUAGCAAUGAUGGUACUUUCAGAAAUAUGCUCUUAAAACUUAAUGAAAAAUACAUUAAAGUAUGUCCUAAUGUGAAUAAAUUUGAACUCUUUAAAUUUAUUUCUAAUAAUAUCGUAAGCCAAACAGGAGUUACAAACAAUACAGCAGUUACAAGACAAGCAGAGAUUUCAAGCGAAGCAGCAGUUACAAAACAAGCAAAAAUAGAAAGGCAGGAAGAUGUGGGAAUUGAUGUACAGAUGGCAGGUAAACUUCUGAGGACAAGCACAGAAUUGGGAACAAAUUCAUCGAUAAGGAAACACUUUAUAAUUUUACCCUUUACAAUAUUAAUAAUUGUAUUAAUUUUGUAUAAGUAUACCACAUUUGGCGCCCUUGUGCAAUCAAGGGUGCAGAAGUUAAAGAAUGUGUUCUUCAAAAAUAAAAAUAAUGAAUAUCGAGGUAUAAUGGAUUCUCAUGAAAAUAUAUAUCGUGAUAAAAAAAAUAGAAGGAGUUAUAUUUCAUAUAUUCCAGAAGUCUACUGA